CCAAGGCCCAGAAUCUGGUCUCGUCUCGGCGCCUCGCCGCCGUCGCCGUUCGUUCUUCCUGCGCGCCCGCCCGCCCGCUCAAAACGAAUUUUCCCCAGCCAGAAUCCCACCUGCCUCACGACCCUGACCCAGCAUGGCGGAGGAGCAGAUGGAGGAGGCGUCGACGGCCACGCCGUUCCAGCUCCAGUUCGACAAGCCCAUCCCCUUCCAGAUAAAAAUGGCAGAGUGGAAUCCAGAGAAGGAUCUUCUUGCUAUGGUUACUGAUGACUCCAAGAUUCUCCUCCAUCGCUUCAAUUGGCAACGGCUGUGGACAAUCUCUCCAGGGAAGUGCAUCACAUCUAUUUGCUGGAGCCCUGAUGGUAAAAUAAUAGCACUUGGCACAGAAGAUGGUUUGGUUCUUUUGCAUGACGUUGAGAACGGGAAGAUGCUAAGAACUAUAAAAUCCCAUGAUGUUGCCAUCGUAUGUUUGAAUUGGGCAGAAGAUGAUCCACUAUCAAGGACUGACAACGAUGAUGUGUUAUCCUAUGAAGACCGCACCACACGUUUCUUUCCUCCUGCUCCUGUGAUGCCUAGGACAGGUGGACUAAGUUCUGGAGAUACUGGUCUUGCCGAUGAGAAUGAAGAAGCCAUUCAGGAAUAUUCUAGUGCUUCCUGUCAGCGUUUUAACAUCCUCUGUAGUGGUGGGAAAGAUGGUUGCAUUUGCUUCAGUAUUUUUGGAAUAUUUCUGGUUGGAAAGAUAAACAUAAAUAAGAUUCCAAUCCAUGUUCAAUCCUCUGGAAAAAGUAGUUACCAAUUCCGGGAUGCUUCAAUAAGCAAGGUCUCUUUAUCAAGAAACCUCCACAAAUUGGUUCUUCUGUGCUCCGGAAAGCUGAUUGACACUGACAACCUUUCUCGCAGCAACAGCAUUUCUGUUGGGUUACAUUGUCUCCACCUGGAUUCUUCUAUCUUUUUCAACAGGAAAAAUGAGCUGCAUCAGGUGUCCCAACAAGCGUCAAGUAUUCAAGAUCUGGUCGAAGUUGUCCGUGCUUCAAUAUCUUUGAUGUCGAAACAAUGGUCAAGUGCUAUGAACUUAUUUCAUGAGAAAUUUAGUGCUUUGCCCUCUCUGAUAGUUGCACAUGGAGUGGAAUCUAGCUCUGAGGAUGAGUUUCUGAGCCUUUUGUUUGGGACACGUACAAGUCCAGCACUUCACCAAUUCUUAGCCAGUUCACUUGGUGAAGCGGGUCUCAAGAGGAUAGCCAAGGCUGUAGACGGUGCUGGAAGAGAAAUUCGUGGUGUUGUCAGCGAGCAUCUUCAGCCUGCAGUUGAAACUAUUUCAUUUAGACUCGCAGAACUAAGAGGCCUUGCAAGAUGGCGUUCACGAUUUCAGAACAUUGGGUUAGAUGAAAAGCUUAUUGAUGGUGUAACUGAGAGUAUAGGGAUGCUAGUUGUUCAAGUUGAGCGCUUUUCAAGGGUUGCGGCUACCGUUCUUUAUCUGUUUCAAAAUUUCUUCACCUGGGUUUUGAAGUGUGUUAAGAUAUUAUUAACUGAACCAACCGAUCAAGUUCCAGCAGCAAACAGUGAACUUGUGGUGAUUUUUUUGAAGUUUCUUCUUGAUAAGGAUCCAAUCAAACAGCUACUUGAAGCAGAUGAGAGAUUUGAGUGUGAUAUAGAUACUACAAGACAUGUUGAGGAGCUAGUAGUUUUUGGAGGAUUUACAGACACCCAAUUUCUGGAAAGGAGUUUGGUAAAACAACUUAAUGAAUUGGAAGAGAGCUUGAAGGAGGCUUUCUUGAUGCCAUUUACCACUAUUUCGUCACAAAUACACUGUCAAGGAUUACUUCCGCUUUAUCCUGUUACAUCAUCAGUUACCUUGUCAUCAACCUGUGUGCUGACAUCGCUAUCAUUCUAUAAGCAGGAUGAAAAUUCACAGCAUGAUGAGUCCUCAUAUAGCUUGACUGACUACUUAUGCUUCAAGAUACCUGAUGGAUCAUUAAAUAAAAGAAAUUGUAUUGGUGUCAUAAAGGACUUCUGUGACUCUUGUACUGCCUUAAGCAUGCCAUCACCUUCAGGUUUUCUGUUGCGUAUACCUGAUGAAUAUGAGUGUGUUGACCUGUCUCUUUAUAAGGACAACCAAGUAGUUCUACUACUUAGUGAAAGGUCCUGUUGUGAUGGUCCUGGAAGAUCUUGGAUGCUGCUGCUGCAGAUAGAUAACUUUUCUUUUACACCACUCUCGAGAACAUACCCUGCAAAUAUUUACAGUCUGCAAGAACUGGUGGAACUGGAUCUCCAGUUGGACACAGAUUGCGGGAAAGUUCGUAGCAUACCUCAUACCGUAUCUACUCCACUGGCAGUCAGUGCCUCAAGAGGGGUUGCUUGUGUCUUUUCAUCUCGGCGACAUGCCUUGGUUUACAUCCUUGAUGAGGAUGAGGAUGAGGACGGGGAUGAAGUUUCUGAUAUGGAGUGAUCGUUAUCCAAUUUCUAACAGCUUCAGCACACCAUUUCGGUGAAUGUCAUCAUACCAUCUUAUGCUGGAGAAAGAAUGCAAUCGCAUUGUCUUGUGCUGAAGAAAAGAAAAUCCAAAUGUCCGCCGCUGUGAGCAACGCUGUCUUGUUGAGCAGGAGCCAGGGGCUAACAUGAUGUUCAUGUCCUGAAACUACCGCAUCUCUCAUUCCCACGACUAAGCAGCGCAUCCUCUGGUUUUGAAGCUAUAACAGCCUAGCAGCAGGUGAUCUAUCUGCUUCUCCUUUUAUUGGUGAAACCGUCAGCAGUAUGGGUGUGGUUCUGCAAGUUGGACUUAUAUAUCUGCAAAACGAGCUUUGACGAGAAAUGGUUUCGUGAUAUCCUAAUUUAUCGGCGUUACCCCAUCUCUCUGAUCGUAUUGUGCUACAAAGAGUACUCGUGUUACAAAUGUGGAUGCAAAUUCGUCGAAAACAGAAAUGUGGAUGCAAUGGUAACUUGGAAAAGAGUUGUAUCGCUAAUCGUGAUGGGCAUUAAGGCUGGUUGUAAAACCAGGGCAUGCUACUGGUGUUACAUGGCUUUAUUUUGUAUUUUUGGAGCUGCUUUAAUUGGGAAGUAUGAAGUGUAGACCGUAACCCUUUUUUCUUGGUUUAGUACGCUAGUGUACUUGAUUUUUUUAAAUAUCUGGCAAGGACAUGACCUGUAGUUCUUGCAAGGUACCAUUGGGCAA